AUGUCAACAACUACGGAUUUCAAGGCCAUCAUCGUGGGUGGAGGUCUAAGCGGGCUUCUGGCCGCCAUCUCGCUGCGCUCUGCUGGUUUUGACUUUAUUCUUUUGGAACAAAGAGACCACAUUGUCGUCAAUGAAGGCGCCAGUAUUGGUUUGAAUGCUGCCACUUUCCGUAUUCUAUACCAGCUAGGCUUGCUAGAAGCAUGUCGCAAGGCUGGCCACCCAUUGAGUCGCAAAUGCACAUUCUUCCUCGACGGACAUGUUUGGGAUAGUGCACUAUUUGAUCUUAUGGUAGAAAGCCACGGCUUCCCAAUGAUUCUGUAUGAUCGUGUUGACCUUAUCCGCGUCUUAUACGACGCCCUGUACAAAGACCACCACAAGCUCCUCACCUCCAAAAAAUUAGAUACCAUCACUACAGAUGAUACUGGAGUAACGGUUACCUGCAACGAUGGUUCCAAAUAUUCGGGCUCGAUUGUUAUUGGCGCAGACGGUGUGCACAGCAAGACGCGGCAAGCUAUGCGCAAGCUAGCUCUCGCAGCAAACGUGGACAAGGAAAUCUGGGAAGCAGAGAAGCCCUUCCCGGCUUUAUAUAGAAGCGUUUAUUUCAGUUUCCCGCGAACCACACCGCAGGGCGUCAUGGCCGAGACACACAGCGAGGGAAAAUCGAUCUUCUAUGUGACGGGCACCGACCACGCGUCUGUAUUUCUGUGCGAGAAUUUGCCCGAGCCGACAACAGAACGAUCAAAUUAUACCGAAGAUGACAAAAAAGCCAUCAUCAAGCGAUUCUGGGACUUUCCUAUUAUCGAAUCACUUACAGUGGGUGAUGUGGCGGAGCAGGAGUACAUUGCAUCAGGCAUGAUUGAUCUUGAAGAAGGUGUGGCCAAAAAGGCCAGCUACGAGCGAAUUGUGAUUAUCGGUGAUGCGUACCACAAAGUCACGCCACAUUGCGGCCUGGGCUUCAACAUGGGCGCUCAAGAUAUCGCAGUGCUGGUCAAUCUACUCAAGGAUGCAGUGGACACGAGCAAAACAGGAGAACCCACCACAGAAGCAUUGAACACCGCGUUCCAAACAUAUCAAACCAGUCGGGACAAGAAUGUUAGCAAAGACAUGGUUGUAGGAAACCUUCUGGUGCGGAUGAGCAUGUGGAUGAAUUGGAGCUUGUGGCUACUGGGCAGAUACGUCUUCACGACGAAGCUGUGGGAAUGGCUCUUCCUUAAAAGGCUGCUAUCGGACGGAAUCAAGUGCGGUUAUGUGUUGAAUCAUAUUCCUGGAGAGGAGCCGUUCGUGGGCAAGAUACCUUGGGAUAACAGGAUACCUGCACAGCUGUGAGUAAGACGGAUAUAUAUGGCGAGACGUAAAGGUAUAUCACCACUCAAU